AUGUCUACACAGAGUUUAUAUGAAUACACUCAUGCUUUACUUCAAGUAACAAUUUCACUUAGCAAAGUUGAGCUCAGCGUGGGUGAAUCCAAGUUCUUCACAUGCACAGCCAUUGGUGAGCCUGAGAACAUAGACUGGUACAACCCCCAAGGAGAGAAGAUUGUUUCGAGCCAGAGGGUGGUUGUUCAGAAGGAAGGCGUCCGGUCCCGUCUCACCAUCUAUAACGCCAACAUAGAGGAUGCUGGUAUAUACCGGUGCCAGGCGACAGACGCCAAGGGACAAACCCAAGAAGCUACUGUAGUCUUGGAGAUUUAUCAAAAGCUCACUUUCCGGGACAUAGUGUCUCCACAAGAGUUCAGGCAGGGGGAAGAUGCAGAAGUUGUUUGCCGUGUUACGAGUUCCCCUGCUCCCGUUGUCAGCUGGUUGUAUCGGAAUGAGGAGGUCACAGCUACUGCUGACAGUCGAUUUGCAGUAUUAGCAAACAAUAAUCUCCAAAUUCUUAACAUCAAUAAAAGUGAUGAAGGAGUAUACAGGUGUGAAGGAAGAGUGGAAGCAAGAGGAGAAAUUGACUUUCGGGACAUAAUUGUUAUUGUGAAUGUUCCCCCUGCAAUCAUUCUGCUACAGAAAUCCUUCAAUGCCACUGCAGAUCGAGGAGAGGCAAUAACUUUGUACUGCAGGGCCACUGGAUCACCUCCACCUGAGAUCAGCUGGUACAGGAAUGGUAAACUUAUUGAAGAAAAUGAAAAAUAUGUCCUGAGAGGAAGCAAUACACAACUAACAAUAAGAGAUAUAAAAAAUAUCGAUGCGGGUCCCUAUAUCUGCAAUGCUAAAAACAAAGCAGGAAAUGACAAAAAGCAGACAUUCCUUCAAGUUUUUGUGCAGCCUCAAAUAAUACAACUUAAAAAUGAAACCACAUUUGAGAAUGGGAAAGCAACCCUCGUCUGUGAAGCAGAAGGAGAACCUGUCCCAGAGAUUACAUGGAAAAGGGCCAUUGAUGGAAUGACUUUCUCUGAAGGUGACAAGAGCCCAGAUGGCCGUAUAGAAGUCAAAGGGCAGCAUGGAAAGUCGUCACUGCAUAUUAAAGAUGUGAAGUUGUCAGAUUCAGGGAGAUAUGACUGUGAAGCGGCAAGUAGAAUUGGUGGGCACCAAAAGAGCAUGUACCUUGAUAUUGAAUAUGCUCCAACAUUUGUGUCAAAUCAAACCAUGUAUUACUCUUGGGAAGGCAAUCCCAUCAAUAUAACCUGUGAAGUGCUAGCAAAUCCAUCUGCCUCAGUCCAGUGGAAAAGAGGAAAAUUAGUUUUACCAGUAAAAAAUACAACUCACUUGAAGACCUACAGUACAGGAAGAAAGCUGAUUUUAGAGAUUGCUCCCACAUCUGACAGUGAUUUUGGACGGUAUAACUGUACAGCCACAAACAGAAUAGGAACAAGAUAUCAGGAGUAUACACUUGGUCAAGCUGACGUGCCAUCCAACCCGUACGGAGUACGAGUUGUGGAGCUGUCCCAAACCACGGCCAAGGUGUCGUUCAAUAAGCCAGACUCACAUGGAGGUGUGCCCAUUCACCACUACCAAGUGGAUGUGAAAGAGGUAGCCUCGGAAACCUGGAAAAUAGUUCGCUCCCAUGGAGUUCAAACUAUGGUUGUUCUGAGCAAUUUGGAACCAAAUACAACAUAUGAAAUCAAAGUAGCUGCUGUAAAUGGAAAAGGACAAGGAGAGUAUAGCAAAAUUGAGAUCUUUCAGACCUUACCUGUCCGGGAGCCAAGCCCCCCUUCAAUUCAUGGACAACCAGAGAGUGGCAAGAGUUUUAAACUUAGCAUAACUAAACAAGAUGAUGGAGGUGCCCCCAUACUGGAAUAUAUUGUCAAAUACAGAAGUAAAGAUAAGGAAGACCAAUGGCUAGAGAAAAAAGUACAGGGUAGUAGAGACCACAUCAUCUUAGAGCAUCUUCAGUGGACCAUGGGUUAUGAAGUGCAAAUUACAGCUGCCAACAGACUGGGUUAUUCUGAACCAACAUUGUAUGAAUUCAGCAUGCCACCAAAGCCCAACAUCAUUACAGACACUCUUUUUAAUGGUCUGGGACUUGGUGCUGUCAUUGGCCUGGGAGUGGCAGCCCUUUUGUUAAUCCUGGUUGUGACUGAUGUUAGCUGCUUCUUUGUACGACAAUGUGGAUUGCUCAUGUGCAUCACCAGGAGGAUCUGUGGGAAAAAGAGUGGCUCAAGUGGAAAAAGUAAAGAACUGGAAGAAGGAAAAGCUGCUUACUUGAAAGAUGGAUCAAAAGAGCCGAUAGUGGAAAUGAGAACAGAGGAUGAAAGAAUUACCAACCAUGAAGAUGGGAGUCCAGUAAAUGAGCCAAAUGAGACAACUCCCCUCACAGAACCAGAGAAGCUGCCACUAAAGGAGGAAAAUGGCAAAGAAGCUUUAAAUCCAGAAACCAUAGAAAUCAAAGUUGCUAAUGACAUCAUCCAGUCAAAAGAAGAUGAUAGCAAAGCAUAAUAAGAUAAACUACAGCUGUCUGGAUAAUGCAUUUGGAUUGAAGUAAUCCUGUGACCAAAACUUUACAGCUGACCUUAAUUUCUUGGGAAACUUAAGCUUGGAAUAGUUAGUACAUGUGUACAUACAAUGAAACAGCUCCUGUCUACAGUUCUUUUCUAUAUUUUUUUGUUGUUAAUGGUUUUUGUAUGUAGUUUUG